AUGAAGGUGUUUUCCAUCUUUAAAAAUGUCUUGAUGUUAUUUUACAUAAUCGCCACCUUUCACAAAAUUCCAAGUGAAGGGGCCUUAAACAAUGCAGAAACGUUAGAUAACUUAGAUGACAAUUCUCUGCUAGCUUUCUUUUUACUGAUACAAUUAGAAGUUCCGUACUUUUUGGAUGGUUUGUCUUCUAAAAUUAUAUACGAAAAAGUGAUUGAUGCAACAAUGUAUUUGUUUAAAGAAGAAAUUAUUAAGUCAAGUCAUAUAAAUGAAAUAAAGCAAUCACUAGUCCAAGAUAUUAAUAAUACCAUAAUUGGGCUAAAUAAUAUCCUGGGGGAUAUAAGAAAUGACGACGAAAAGUACUUCAAGUGGUUACAACUAAUUUUUAGUAAUUGCUGGAAAAUAGAAAAUGGAUGCAUAAAUAUAACCAGAAGGAACUGCUCCUUGUCUGUGUUAACUAUGCUUCCGAAAAAAGGACUACCCAUAACAUGUAUAAGUUGCAUUAUUUAUGCUUUAAAUUAUGCUUCACAUUCUAUAUACUUAUUUAAAAACUUUUCAAAUAUUGAAAAUUGUAAUAAUGAGAAUAAUAUAAAAUUGAUUAAUUUAAGCAACGAAAUUAGCAUUAUAAGAGAAAAUAUAAUUUAUCUGAACAGUUUAGAAAAGAUUUCUGUUUUGAAAAAUGUACAAAGCGAAAUAAUAGUUCUUCAUAUAAAAAAUGGUAGUGGUUUAAUAAAAUUAUUAAACACACAAGGACAUGGAGCAUUCAUAAGAAUUGUUAGUAAUUCAAUUUAUGAAGUUAUAAAAAGGAGCAUAAAUGGUUAUAUAAAAUAUGUAAAUAAUAAUAAUAAUAAUAUAUAUAAAAAUAAUGAUUAUAUAAAUAAUUUAUACAUAAAUAUGAAAAAAUCUAUUACAUUAACUAUCAAUGGAUAUUUAUAUAAAGACAAUGAAAAAAAUGAAAUUUUUCGUAUUUUUGAUUUUGGAUUAUUUUUAACAGAUAUACAUUUAAACAAAUGUAUAUCUUUAUUAAAUGGAAAUAAUAUAUUUAUACAACUAGAAAUUGGUAGUUCACAAACAAAUGUACCUUUCAAAAAUGGGAAUAUAUUAAAUUUGAUUGAACUAGAAAUUAUUUUGAAUUCAUUUUUACAUUUUGGUUAUAAUUAUUAUUCUAAAGUUUUUCUUAUAUUAAAAAAAAUUAUAUAUCUAAAAAAUUAUAAAGACAGGGAUGUUUUUACAUAUGAUGAUAAUAAUAAAAAUAUUUAUGAACAUAUGGCCAAAUGGUUACGUUCCAACAUUAAAUCAGAUGGAAAUAACCAAAUCAAUAAUAAUUUAAACAAGGAUAUUGUAAAUAAUGAUAUAUUUCAACCUAAUCAAAAUAAUAAUCAUGUAAACCAAAUUAAUAACAUAGAUCAUAUAGAACUUACAGAUGAUCAAACCAUCUAUUGUAUUAUUAUGGUUAAUAUAGUACCUGACAAUAAAUGUCUCUUCUUAAAAAAAAGUAUUAUUCAACUUUUAAAUAAACCAAUAUAUUCAAGAUCAUUAUCAGGGUUUCAAUUUAAAGAUAACAAAAUUAUAAAUGAAGAAUUAAUUGAAAUAUUAGGAGAAUCAUAUUAUAACUCAUCCAAUAAAUCUAAAAGAAGAACAAAUGUUUUUGGAUCCAGAAUAAAUGCUAGAGAAAUACAGUCAGCAGAAAAAUUAAUCAAACCUGGUCUUAAACUUAUUCAUAUUGCAUUUCAUAAUUUUACUUCCAUCCCAGUACAACAAAGAAAUACUUUCUAUUCUGCAAAUAAUAUGUUCUCUUUAUUCCAACAUAGAAUUCAUUAUCUUAAAGAAUGGAAUCCUAAAAUUUUAAUCAUUAAAAAAUUCUAUCCUGAAGAUAUUAUCAUCAAAAGUUAUAAUGUAUAUUCAUAUCCAAAAAAUAAUAAUAAAUAUUGGUUCAUUAUUUCUUGCACAGUCAUACCAUUCUUACUUAUUAUUCUAUUUAUACUAUUGUAUAAACGAUGGUUCCCCGAUAAUUUAAUUUGCUUCCCUUUUUUAUCAAAACAUAGAAAAAACCAUAACAAACAAAAAAGAAAACAAAACUACAAAUAUAGUUGCUCAACCUGUAGAAAAAAAUGUUUCAAACAUAUGUACAAAAUGCAGAAGGAUAAAUCACACCUCAGAAAAAGACUUAUUCUUCAUAAAAAUAUACCAAAAAUACCAAACAACGACAAAAAUAGCAACAACUUGUUAUUCCCACUAAAACAAAAUGAUGAACACUUAACAAGAAACAGGCAAAAGAAAAGUACUACAUCCCUUUUUUUAGAAGAAAUACAAACAAAUGAUAUAAUAGAAUGA